GGGCAGCUCAUCGGCUGUAAACAGAGGUCCUUCCACUCCGGCGCAUGUUUUGUAUCCCUUCUCUGCCAGGCUGACUCUGACAACUGUCAGAACACCGAUGUCUGACUGAAAUGGGCCAGCAGGAGCCUCAAUCCUCCUUUCCUGCCUCUUCCCACUGGCUCCCAUAUCCAGCUCAGAAUACCUGCGGUCGGUUGGGUUUCCUCAUCGGCCCGGUCUACAAACGACAUGAAAGCCUGAGCUGUUACCUGUGCCUCUGGGACAACGGCUGUUGAUCACAAGAGGAGGGAGAAGCCUGAAUCGCCAACUGUUUACUGUAAUUAAGCUUUGGUGUUGUGAUGUGGGCCUGCCGCCUCCUUGCAUCUAUACCUUGAUUGCAUGACCCAGUGAUGUCACGUCCUGCACCGUGCCCCAUCUACACCCUGAGGGGUGCUGGUGCGCCCCUAAACACCCUCCACUUUAGCUGCCAUGGAGGGGACACUCCCCUCCUUUACUCUGGGUCAGGGAAGGGUGGCAUCCAUAUCUGGAACCUGAGCACCAGGAGGGCUGAGAAGAUUGUGGAAGGUCAUUCUGGUAACUCGGUCAUCUGGGUCAGCACACUGAAGGAGACAGGUACCCUCAUCAGUCAGGGACGGGACAUGCAGGUGUGUCUGUGGGAUCUGAGCGAAGGUCGCAGUGAGAUGGUCGACUCUGUGUGGACCGGCAGCGUUGGAUUCUGUCAGUGCUCCACGCUGGAGACGAGCGCUGGAAACUACCUGCUGGCCUUCGCCGGACAGCAGACAGAGGAGAUCAAGAUAAUUGAGCUUUCCAGCAAGACCCCAGUCUGCACCCUGGUACCAGACGCCAAGCUGGGGAUGGUCAUGUGUAUCAAACUGUGGCAGCCAGACUCGGGGACCGGACCUCUCCUGUUGGCUGGAUACGAGGACGGUUCCCUGCUGCUGUGGGAUGUAACCCAGAGGUCCAAGCUGAGCCAGGCCAAAGCCCACCCUGAGCCUGUCAUGUGUCUGACCUUUGACACCAAGCGUCUGAGGGGGAUAUCAGGCUCCUCUGAGAAGAAACUCUCCUCCUGGAUGCUGGACAGACAGAACAACCUGCAGCUUCAGGACUGUGUGACAAUGGUCAACCCUGGGGUGUCCCAGCUGUGUAUCAGGGGGGAUGGCAAGCUUCUGGCGUCAGCGGGCUGGGACCAUCGGGUCCGGGUAUUCGGGUGGAAGAAGCUUCGACCGCUGGCUGUGCUUCAGUACCACACUGACAUGGUGCAGAGUGUGGCCUUCUCUGACCACCAGGACCCUAAACAAAGACUGCUUGCUGCUGGAUCCAAGGACCAGCGGAUCAGCCUGUGGUCGAUAUACAAUGAGGGAGCCGACACUGGCUGAGCAUCUGAACUCUGAGAGGAUAUUUGGACUGUUAAUCAAUUCUUGACUCUCAUCUGCACUGAUGUUGGUGGCCAACAAUUCAGCAAUAGCCCAUAGCAGUGGUAGAUUAAUAAGAUUUUGUCUAACCAACAAUCCAAACCCAGAAGAGUCUUCACUUACUAUCAUGAUGACAAAAGAAGCAGCAGAUCCUUACAUUUAAGCAGCAAGUAUUUGACAUUUUUCAUCAGGAUCAAACUUAUUAAUAAUGCCUGUUGAGAAAAUGUUUAUUUCUUUAUCAAUAUAUAGGCUCAAGUUCAUCCCACACAACAAGCCUGGUCUGUUCCUUAAUGAGCUAAUGUGCCUUAUGUUGUGGUAAAUAUUGCAUAAUCAGCAUAAUCUCCUGAGUAAGGACUGGUGUUUGAAAUCAACCUUGACUGAUUAAAUUAAGUCACACUAAUAGCUCCAUGAGUGGCCAGUGUUUACUGACUUAUUGUUCCAUUUUGUCUAAAUGCCAUUUCUCAACCUUUGUCCACAGUUUACACCUGAAAGUUCAUUAUUUGUAACAGACUUUUAAAUAAACUGGUUUCAUACUUA